AUGUCCGACGCCGAGGGUUUCGAGGUUGUCCAGCAUACGGAUGCUGCCAAAUCCGCGCCUGCUCCUGCGCCUGCUUCCGAAACCACAGCUCCCUCGACGCCCACCUCGCCCAAUGCCACUGUGGAGAAGAAGGCUACGGCCGGCCCCACAGCUUCGAAGCGCACCACGGCACCCGGUACGGGCACUCGUCGACCCGCUGCGACUGGUAUAGCUUCCGCGAAGUCGACGACUAGCUUAACCACAAGCUCGACGACACGGACCAGCGCUGCCAGCACCGGGGCGAAGCCUACCACCCGUCCUGCCACUGGAGCACCCACCGUCAAGCGCCCAUCGACUGCUGCAUCUACUGUCUCUCACCGCUCCCGCCCGUCCGUUUCCGAGGAUGAGAAGAAACGGCCGGUGGUCUCGGGCGCUACUGGAUCGGCGCGCCGUAUCUCCACUGCCCCCAGUGGCGCUCCGAGCUCCCCCAGCAAGCCGAGACCCGGUACUACCGCCGCCGCCGCCACCGCCGCAGCAAGAAAACCCGCGGCCACUUCCGGCACUGCGCCGUCCCGGAUGUCCACAGCCACUUCCCGAUCAUCGACAACCACUUCGUCGGCACCCUCUGCGACCCGUACCGCUACUAAACCCGCCGGUACUGGUGCCGUAGCGGAGGCGAAGAAGAGGCUCUCGGUUUCUGCGGGGGCAGCGCCCGGCACUACUCGUCAUGCGCCACGCGCUUCGUUGGCAUCGAGUACAUCCAGCGUUACUACCGCUGCCGGAUCCGCGAGGGAAAUUGAGGAGCUCAAAGCCAAGCUCACUUCCAGCGAGUUCGAGAUCACCGAACUCAAGGCAAAAAUUGCGUCAUCCCAGGAUAAGAUCACGGAGCUCACUGAGAAAGCUGGUACCGCUGAAGGGGCCCAGCCUGCUACUGAAGGUACCAUCAACCAGGAAGCCCUGGAAGGCCUGAAGACGGAGCAUGCUGCGGAACUCGAAGCUCUGAACAAGCAGGUUGCCGAGACCCAGGAGAAGCUGGCCGCCGCCGAAACCGACCUGGCUGCUCAGAAGAGCGAACUUGCCGGCGCUACUAGUGCCAAGGAAGCCGCUGAGGCCGAACUAGCUGGGCUCAAAACAUCGCUCGAGAGCCUCCAGGCAGAACAGGAGGCCAAAUCGAACGAGGCCGCGACCAGCCUUACUAAGGCAACCGACGAAUACACUGCCAAGCUUGAGGCUCUCCAGAGCAGCUUAACAGAGGAGCACGAGGCGGCCAUUGAAGCACUAAAGGCCAAGCAUGCCGAGGAACUGCAGGGUGGAAGUGCCACCAUUGUUGCCAACCACGAGAAGGCCAUCCAGGAGCUCAAUGCGAGCCACGAAACUGCCCUUGCCGAACUCCAAAAGAAGAUUGACGACCUGACCUCGAGUCAAGCAACCCUAGAAGCUACCCACGAGGAGAAGCUCGCCAGUGAAACAGCGGCCGGGUCAGCAAAGCUUGGCGAACUGGAAGCACAGAUUGCCGAACUCAAUGCAAAGCUUGAGGCGGCGGAGAAGACGGCGGAGGCUGCCAAGUCUGAACUCGAGGAGAAGACAGCAGCCCUGGCCUCUCUGGAAGCCAAGGUUGUCGAGGUGGAAGCUGAGCUGGCGGCUAUCAAAGACGAGGCUUCCAAGGCUACCGGCUCCCACGCUGAGCUCCAGAAGCUCAUUGAUAGUCUGACCGAAGAAAGCAAGUCGAAGGAUGCCACAAUCGCUAAGAUCAAGGAGGAGACCGCUGCCGCUGCCGACCACCACCAGAAACAACUCCAGCAAGUCAGCCAAGAUUAUGAGAACGAGAUCGAGAGCCUGCGUGGGGAUGCUUUCUUCAAGCGCAGGUUCGAGGAGCUCGAGGUUAAGCACGGAGAGCUCACUAAAGCGCACGAUGAAGCUGCCGAGAGCCAUACUAAGGCCCUCGAGGCGGCCAAGGCUGAGCACGAGGCCGCCGUGAAGGCGCUGGAAGCCAAGGAGGCUGAGCAUCAGCAGGCCCUGGAUGCCCUUCAGGCGAGCCAUGCCGAGGAGCUGGAGGGUGCCAAGAGCCUGGCAAGGCAAGCCCAUGAAGCUAGCGCCGAAGAAAUCGAGUCUCUGAAAGCCAGCCAUGCCAGCCAAAUUGACAUCUUGAGGGGCGAAAGCGAGAGCAGUCUGGCUAAGGAGCUUGAGGCUCUGAAGACCUCCCACGCCGAAAUCCUCGCGAACCUCAACAACGACGCCGCGACAGAGAAGGAGCAAAUUCUGGCCAAGCACGCCGAUGAGCUCGCUGCUGCUAAGGCGGCUGGCGAUGACAGCCACGCAGCCCUCCUGGAGCAAAUCAAGCAGGAACUUGAGGCUAAGCAUGCCGAGGACCUCGCCAAGGUAACAGCACAGCUCGAGGCGGCUAGCGACCUGAAAGAGGAGCUCGAGGCCAAGCACGCAGAGGAGGUUGCGAAGUUAACAGCAGAGCUUGGGUCGGCAAGCGAGGUCAAGGAGGCGCUGGAAGCUAAGCACUCCGAAGAAGUGGAGAAGCUGAUGGCUCAACUGGAGGCGGCCAGUGGUCUCAAGGGCGACUUGGAGUCGAAACAUGUGGAGGAGGUCGCCAAGUUGGUGGCUCAGCUCGAAGCGGCCGGUGGCUUCAAGGAAGAAUUUGAGGCUAAGCAUGCCGACGAGAUCGCGAAAUUGAUGGCGGAACUUGAGACGGCUAAGGCCCUCCAACAGGACGUUGAGGCUGCCCAAGCUAAGCUUAGCGAUGCGGAGGCCGGCCAUGCAUCCGCCAUUGAGUCGCUCAAGAAGACUCUCGAGGAUGACCAUGCGGCCGAGGUGGAGAAGCUGAUCGCGGUGCACAACGGGGCUCAGGAGGCCUUGAGAAACGAGGGUGCCGCGCAGUCCCAAGCUCAGCUUGACGAACUGCGGGCCAGCCACAACAGUCUUCUCGAGGAAUUGACGAGCAAGUCUCAGUCGACCUCGGAGGAGCUGGCUAAGGUCACAGCGGCCAAGAGUGAGAUUGACGCAGCCCUCGAGGCACUCAAGGCCGAGCAUGCUAAGGCCCAGGAGGAGAUCGACACGCUCAGCCAGCAACUGGCUCUAGAGAAGAUGGAGAAGUUUACGGCCCAGGCUGACCUCGAUGCCGCGAGGAACGCCAAGCCUGACACCACCGAGCUUGACGCCCUCAAGGCGCAGAUUGCUGCCCUGACCGAGGCCCACGAUAAGGAAGUUGCCGAACUCAAGGCCAGCCACGAGAAGGCUGCUGCAUCGGAGCUCGCAAGCGUCCAGGAGGAGCUGGCCAAGGCCAAAGCCGAGGUCGAGAAGAUCACGACAACGGCUGCGGCCGACUACAAGGAUAUGCACGACAGCAUGACGCAGCUUGUCGAGGAGGCGCAGACUCUGGCGGCUAUUGCCGAGCUCACGGCCCAGCUCAAGGUUAAGAACGCAGAGCUAGCCGAAGCUAAGACCACAUCAGACACGCCCAAGGGCCUUGCCGCGAGCCGUUUCGCCAACGCGGACGACAACAGACGGCGGCGCUACCAACCAGCCCACUGA